AUGUUGUGCUGGGUGCUUGUGACCUGUGGUAACCACCCCAGCGAGGCUAAGCUGGAAAAUGCGGACAAAGUCAUUCAGAAGCUGGAAGAUGUGCAGGAAAUGUUCGACAGGAGACAAGUGAGCCUGAAGAAGCUGGCGGCCAAGCAGACGCGUCCUGUGCAGCCCGUGGCCCCCCAUCCAGAGUCGUCCCCGAAGCGGGCCUCCCCCAAAGCCAGCCGGCCCCCCACCCUCGCUCCCAGUAGGAGAAUAUCGGAAGUUCCCUGUCCUCCCAAGUCAGUGAAUGAAGCAGAGUUGUUGAAAAAGAAAAGCAUCAAGAAACCCAAAGGUGGGAUUAAGAUUGAAGUGAUGCAUGAAGCCAGUCAAGGUGGUUCCAGCAGAAUACUGGUGAUGAGUGAGAGUGAAGAGAAUCUCUCGACCAGGAGAAGCCACAUCAUGCAUGAGCUGAUUGAGACAGAGCGAGUUUAUGUUGAAGAACUUCAAAGUAUAAUUGAGGGUUACGCGGCAGAAAUGGACAAUCCAGACUUAAAUCACCUGAUCCCGGUCACUCUUCAGAACAAAAAGGAAAUUCUCUUCGGCAACCUCCAUGAAAUCUAUGAGUUCCAUAAGAGCCCGAGUUCUCGGGAACUUUCUGUGGCUGCCAUGUUGUACCAUCAGCUCACAUCGAGUUGUCGGUCCACCAGCAACCACAGAUCUGUUUCAGAUGGGCUGCUUUCCGACUUGGUGUUGGCCAUCUUGCACAGCCUCCUGAAGGAGCUCACUCAUGGCCUGACCAAGGCUUGGCGGGCACUGCUUCAUCUGAGCAAAGAAAAGGGAUUCGAGACCGUACCUAGAUUUCACGAGUGGGCUGAGAAACCCAUCUGCAUUCCUCCUGGAGACCUCCACGAGCUGGGUAAGCUGCUGAUGCAAGGCUCCUUCAGCGUCUGGACGGACCACAAGAAGGGCCACAACAAGGUCAAAGACUUGGCCAGGUUCAAACCCAUGCAGCGGCACCUCUUCCUCUAUGCCAAGCUUCUGCUCUUCUGCAAGAAGCGAGAGGACAGCGUGGACGGGCACGAGAAAUCUCCCUCGUACAGCUUUAAAAAUUCUCUCAAGAUGAGCAUGGUUGGCAUCACAGAAAACGUGAAGGGAGACAACAAGAAGUUUGAAAUUUGGUAUAAUGGUCGAGAAGAAGUGUACAUCAUUCAGGCAUCUUCAGUAGAACUGAAAAACCUCUGGGUUUCUGAGAUCCGGAAAGUCUUGACGGGACAACUGGAAGCUUGCAGAGAAGCAAGUCAGCUACACCAAAGAAUCACAGAAAGCGUCUACCACGCACCCAUGGACACAUCCAACUCCUCCAGGUAUAGCAGAAAAUCAGCAAGUAUCUAUGAAAACAAGCCUGAAUCAUCGGGACUAGAAAAUUCUACCAGCAAGAACCCAAACCCUAGUCCCAACAGCAACAGACAAAAGCGAGAUCCUGAAGCUAAAGAGAAGGAUGUCACCCGGCGCUUCUCCCUUGCCUCCUCCCUUGGCACCACAGCUCCCACCCCGACCGGCCUCACCAAAGGUCCUCCUGGUCCUGCAGUUAAAGUCAAGAGGCACGAAAUAAAGAGUGACCCAACACCCCUUGGGUUUGAAGGUACAUGCAUGGAUAUGCUGCAUGAACCCCCUCCUCCCCGCCUGGGCCAUGUCCCUUCGCUCCUUGCCAGCCAGUCAGAGGAAGGUCUGGGCAGGCUGGUGGGCGCCUGGGAGCCUCCAGUUGUGUCUGUUCCCAAAUAG